CGCCGCGGGCGGGCCAGUGAAGCCGGCGCCUCCGACACGUGAUCUAGAACCGGCUGUGCCGCUUGGUGACUCGGUCUGUCCGUCCGUCCGUCCGCGGGUGCCAUCAUGGCGGACGCGGCCAGUCAGGUGCUCCUGGGCUCCGGUCUCACCAUCCUGUCCCAGCCGCUCAUGUACGUGAAAGUGCUCAUCCAGGUGGGAUAUGAGCCUCUUCCUCCAACAAUAGGACGAAAUAUUUUUGGGCGACAAGUAUGUCAGCUUCCUGGUCUCUUUUGUUAUGCUCAGCACAUUGCAAGCAUCGAUGGGAGGCGUGGGUUGUUCAGAGGCUUAACUCCAAGACUGUGUUCGGGAGUCCUUGGAACUGUGGUCCACGGUAAAGUCUUACAGCAUUACCAGGAGUGCGAGAAACCCGAGGAGUUAGGACCUGGAAAUGUACAAAAGGAAUGCUCGUCCUCCUUUGACCAAGUUAUCAAAGAGACAACUCGAGAGAUGAUUGCUCGUUCUGCUGCUACCCUCAUUACACAUCCCUUCCACGUGAUCACUCUGAGAACUAUGGUACAGUUCAUUGGCAGAGAGUCCAAGUACUGCGGGCUGUGUGACUCCAUACUAACCAUCUACCGGGAAGAAGGCAUUGUAGGAUUUUUUGCGGGUCUAAUUCCUCGCCUCAUAGGUGACGUCAUUUCCUUGUGGCUCUGUAACUCACUGGCUUAUCUCAUCAAUACCUAUGCACUGGACAGUGGGGUCUCUACCAUGAAUGAAAUGAAAAGUUAUUCCCAAGCUGUCACAGGAUUCUUUGCCAGUAUGUUGACAUACCCCUUUGUGCUUGUAUCUAAUCUUAUGGCUGUCAACAACUGUGGGCUUGCUGGUGGAUCUCCUCCUUACUCCCCAAUAUAUACUUCUUGGAUAGAUUGUUGGUGCAUGCUACAAAAAGCGGGAAAUAUAAGCCGAGGAAACAGUUUGUUUUUCCGGAAGGUCCCCUUUGGGAAGACUUACUGUUGUGACCUGAGGAUGUUAAUUUGAAGAUGUGGAGCAGGGACAGUGACAUUUCUAUAGUCCCAAUGCACAGAAUUAUGGGAGAGAAUGUUGAUUUCUAUACAAUGUGGCGCACUUUUUUAAUAAUCAUUUAAUCUUGGGAAAAUGGAGG